GAAGUGGACCUUCAGGGGAAGAUGCAUUUGCAAGGACCUCACCCUCAGACUGGGUGUCGACUGGGCAGGAAAGAUCGCAGCAAGACUCGCAGUUGUAUGUUGACACUGAAAUUGUGCGCUCCAUAUCUCUGCUGUCCACAUUACAGAGAUUCGGGUGGCUUUGGCGUCUUCGUCCCGAGCAGGUUAGUCAUGCUCAGCUGGAUGCUGUAUGGAAGAGGUCCGUUGAGGCAGAAGCCUUUGAUGUCUUCCUGUCGCGUACAUGGGCAACACCUGGGCAUCUGAAGUAUCUGUCCCUGCUGCUUAGCUCAUGUUGGCAUCUCGCCCUCUUGGCUUGGGCCGCGGCCGCGCUGCUUGUGAUGUCCCUUUACAUUUCGAGUCUCUUGCCUCUUCCCCUCAGAGCGUCGAGGAAUGAAAAUCUAAUUCCCCGCGGAGAGGCGAGCUGGGCUCCAUGGGGUUAUCUGUCGACCUUUGCGUGUGCGCUCGGGGGACUUCUAUGUGCACCUCACCUGCUUCCCCGAGUACGCAGGAACCCAGGGUGCUUCUAUGAUGUGGCCUGCGUCAACCAGGCAGACCCAGAACUGCAGGCACGCGGCAUCUACGGGAUUGGAGGGUUCCUUGCCAUCUCAAUGCAGCUGCGAAUUCUGUGGAGCCCGCCCUACCUGUCCCGCUUGUGGUGUGUCUUCGAAAUUGCCGCCUACCGUAAAGCCAACCCCAACGGGGAAUUGAAGCUGCAGCCAAUGUUUGUGGAGCGCAACAUCCUGCUGGCCUGGAUUUGCAUGUUCUUCUUUGUGGGCAUGCUCACACUUGUGAGGUUGCCAGGUCAUUGGCGAGCUGUUCUCGGUUUUUUGGCCUUCUAUCCCGCCAUUCACUUUAUUCGGAAGGGUUACCAGCAGCAAGAGCAGAUGUUCAAAAAUCUUGCAGAGUUUGACUUGAACUCUGCGUCCUGCGCCAACGAGUUCGACCGGCAGUUCAUUCUUUCAGCUGUCUGCCGAUGGUAUGGUAGCCUGGAGGGCUUCACUGACUAUGUCCGCGGGCCUCUGAAGGAGGAGCUGACAGAAACUGUGGUCCUGGCCCGGGUACCGCUUCAGUAUU